CCCCUGCAAACCUGAAUGGCGAAGGGUUCCCAGUUGACGCAGCUCAAGUCUGCUCUUUCUCAGGCUGGACUAAACAGACAACCCCCUUCUGGCAAAAAGCGAAAACGUACUGCGUCCUCACGAGACACAGACAAGGACAAGAAAGCGCAGAAAAUUGAGGAAAUACACCGGAAAUUAAAUCCAUUUGAUGUAAAGGUCACGAAGUUAAAGCACGAUGUGGUUGGAAGGAAACUCAAGGGUGUGACCGGUCGUCCACAAGAGAGCAAACAGACUGGCAUCGAACAGCGGAAGAAAACUCUUCUUAAGGAGUAUGAAAAGCGAAAUCAUGCAGGAGGCAUUAUUGACAGACGUUUCGGUGAAAACGAUCCUACCAUGACUCCAGAAGAGCGUAUGCUAGAACGAUUUACGAAGGAGCGGCAGCGUGCUUCUAGAGGCGUCGACUUCAACUUAGAAGAUGAAGAUGACCUGACACAUUAUGGUCAGAGUCUAUCCAGACUUGAUGACUUUGAGGAUACAGGACUAGGUUUGGAUGAGGACGACGAUGAGUCGGACGGAAAAAUUGACAGACAGACAGUGAAGUCAGUGCACUUUGGAGGUUUCGGUGAUGGGGAAGACGAUGAAAAGGACGGUGAGCCAUCGCGGAAAAAAUCCAAAGCAGAAGUUAUGGCAGAGGUCAUUGCAAAGAGCAAGCAGCAUAAGUUUGAGCGACAAGUCCAACGACAGCAGGAUGCUGAGACUCGCCAUCAGCUUGAUCAAGAGCUGGACGAUAUUCGCGGUCUUCUCUUCACCGAUGGCAGUACUGAUGCUAUAUCUUCCAAACUUACAAAUGAAACCAAAGACGAAGACGUGAAUUACGAUCAACUGGUACGCGAAUUAGCUCUGGACAAACGAGCGCAGCCUAAGGACAGGACAAAAACGGAAGAGGAGUUAGCCCUGGAAGCGAAGGAAGCACUUGAGAAAGCCGAACGCAAACGGCAGAAGCGGAUGAUGGGCGAGGAUGAUGAGAGUAGCGAUGACGAAAGAGCAGGAUCGAAGAAGAAAGCUCGACGUAUAGCCACAGGUGAUGAUUUAGAGGAUGAUUUCAACGAAGAAGGUGAUAUGGUAUGGGAUGGCCUCGGUGCAGGGUUGGGAGGUGAUGCAGAUGAAGAACUAGAUUCGGACAGCGGAGAUGAUGAACAGAGUGCCGAGGAGCUGUCAGAGGAGCUGCCAGAGGACAAUGCAGAGGAUUCCGGCUCAGAUGAAGACGUUGACGACACAGAUGAGUCAGACUCUGAAGAAUCAGACACUGAAGAACUGGCUUCGCGGGCAAAGUCAACUACAGCUUCAAAAGGGAAAGGAAAGGCUGUUGCAAAAGAAUUGCCGUUCAUGUUUCCCUGUCCAGAAACCUUUAACGACUUCCUUGAAAUUAUUGAAGACAUCGACGAGAAGGAUAUCCCUACAGUUGUUCAACGGAUACGUGCACUAUAUCAUCCCAGCCUGGGUCAAGACAACAAAUACAAGCUUCAGGCUUUGAUUGGUGUCUUGAUUGACUAUAUUCUUCACAUUACGUCGCUGCCUGACCCCUCCUUUACGCUCCUUCCUCUCCUCCUACCCCAUCUCCAUACCCUGUCAAAAUCAUACCCAAUCGAGUCUGCCGACCAUUUUAAUUCGAAACUCAAGCUGAUGCAGAAGAACCUGACUCGCGGACUUGGGAAGGGCGCAACGUUGGUGGAUGCUAAAACAUGGCCAGGACCUUCUGAGCUAGCCUUAUUAUGGAUGAUCAGUCAUAUCUGGCCGACCAGUGAUAUGAAUCAUGCCGUCGUUUCACCCGCACGUUUAUUGAUGGGUGCUUAUCUUGGACUGGGGCGUGUAAGGUCACUCAAAGACAUUGCGAGCGGACUAUUCUUGUGCACUCUCUUUCUUCGCUAUGAAGAGUAUUCAAAGCGGCUCGUCCCAGAAGUUGUAGUCUUCCUUUGUAACGCGAUCCUACACCUCGCUCCUCACUCUUUCAAGAAUGUGAACUCCCUCCCCGGUUCUUUCCCUUGUCCGGAUUUCAACAGUGCACUGUGUCGUCCACUUCGAAUAAGCAAAAAGGGAGCGAAGGAUUUACAGGCACAGGCGCCUAAUUUAGUUCGGUUACUUGCAAGAGACACUGGUGAUACAGAGCAAGACAAGCUAGACUUGUUUGUAGUAUCUCUCGAACUACUCCGGAGUUUUGCAGACCUCUACAAGAGUUCAGACGCGUUCAUAGAAUUGUUCCAGCCUGCGCUGGCAAUCUUAGACAGUGUUAACAUUUCAUGGGCAUCCGAGGGUGUCAAGACAAAAUACAUAAGCACAAAAGACAUGAUCAACCGACUACUCAAGUUCUCUCGACAAUCACGGAAGCCACUCACUCUACAAGCACACAAGCCCAUACCAAUAGCAACCUACAUCCCCAAAUUCGAAAACAACUCCUCAAGUUACUUACGGAAGAACGACCCAGACCACGAGCGCGCUGCCGCGUCGAAGUUACGAUACCAGUAUAAACAAGAACGGAAGGGCGCGAUUCGAGAGUUGCGCAAGGAUGCGCGGUUUUUGUCUGCUGUGAAGGAGAAGGGGCAGAUGGAGAAGGAUAAACAGUAUGGGGAUAGGAUGAAGAAGGUAUUUUCGACGCUUGAGAGUGAGAGGGCGGAACAGAAGAAGAUGGAUAGAGAGAAGGUGAAGGAGAAGAGAUGAGCUGGUAGGAAGUGAUGGUUUGAUCGUUUGUAUCCCAUACAUACAAACGCACACAUACAAAAUAAAGUAAAAAAGAAAACGC